AUGCACGCCACGCUCCCGACCCACGUCCUCGCCCUCGCACCCGACUCGCUCGCGAGCCUCGGCGAGCUCGACAGCGACUCGCUCUCCGAGCUCUGGGGCGUUUUCACGCGCUGCAAGGACAGCCUGCAGAACGGCCGCCGCCUCGAGAACCUGUCGUGGCGCCUCUGGUUCGACUCGGGCCGCCGCGACGACCACGUCCGCCUCGCUCGCGACGCCGACCACCACGACGCGCCGUCGCACGCCCAGAUCCACCACGACGCGGCCGACAACGGCUGGAGCGACCCGGAGGGCGAGUGGGAGGAGACGUCGGGCAGCGACGACUCGUCGGCCGAUGAGGACGACGUCGGCGACGAGCGCCACCUGUCCGGGCCCGAGCAGCUUGCCGACCGCAGCUCGCCGACCGAGGUGCGCGCGGGCCGGUCCAAGGUGGCGCGCAAGGCCCGGUCCGCCGUCGCCGCGUCCGUCUCGCCGCCCGCGCCACCUCGAGGCCGCACCGUCUCGGUCCCGGCCUCGCCCGCGCCGCCUACCGCACUCGGCGAGGCGCCGCGAGCACGCGCCGAGGACGGCGGGCGCCCGCCGUUGAGCCGCCGCGGCUUCUCGCGCGACUGCACCAUCAGCGGCGGGUCGCUCCAGCGCAUGAUCGCCGACCUGCAGCGCCUGCCCGAGAUCCCGCACCUCGGCAAGGCGCGCAGCCUGCACGACGUGUCGUCGAUCAAGCCGGCGCUCGGCUCGCGCAUGUCGAGCGCGCCCGACAACCUCAACGCGGCGUCGCUCACGGCCUCGGCGCCCUCGUCGCCGACGGGCCGCUCGUCGUCGGCGUCGACCAAGAGCUCGACCAACUCGACGCGCCGCUCGACGCCCGCCGGCUCGCCGUGCAUGUCGCGCUCGGUGUCGUCGCCCGCACAUACCCUCCCGACCCUCGCCGCCGCAGCCGCACCCGCCCCGGCCUCGGCCGUCCCGCCCGCCUCGUCCGCCGCCCUCAGCUCUCGACGCGUCCCUUCCGGCCUCGCCAUGUCGACCCUCCCCGCGACAGCCGCAGCCGCAGCCGCGUCGGGCCCGACUCGCCGCUCGCGCCCGCCGACGCCGCUCAGUCCGGCGAGCCCGCCCUCGCCCGUCGACGAGCCCGAGCCCGUCGUCACCAUGACGCCGUCCGAGACGGCCAUGCUCGCCCUGAGCCACUCGCGCAGCCGUAGCGACGUGACGCUCAACCGGCGCGCGCAGAGCACGGCCGAGCUCGCGUCGUCGUUCAAGCCCCAGAGCUUCGUCAAGGGCUUUGCGCCGUCGUCGAUCGAGACGAGGCCGGGCCCGGGCCGCAUCGCGCCUCCGCCGACGCCGGCCACGUUUGCCGCGUCGCUCGGCGCGAGCCCGCCACGCGCGGGGCCGUCGACCGCGGCGGCGGCGGCGGGCGCAACUCGCUCGCCGUCGUCGGCCGGGCGCACGUCGGGCUCGACCACCGCCGGCGGCGCCGCCGCGACGCCGCUCAAGGUGCCCGUCCCGUCGGCCAACGCGCCCACGCCCGGCCCGUCAGCUUUGCGCCAGCCCAAAGCGCCCGGCACGGGCAAGAAGAUCUUCUUCAUCUCGAGCCCGGACUCGGACGAGGACCAGUCGUCGUCGCGCUCGCGCGAGUCGCGCACGACGGGCGGCGGCGCGAGCGUCGUCGUGUCGCCGCCGUCGUGCCUCAAGGCGGCCAAGGCGUCGCUGUCGCCGUCGUCGGGGUUGGCGCUCAAGGCCGGCGCCGCGCUCAACGGCAAGGGCAAGGGCAAGCAGCCUGCGCUCGCGCCGGCAGAGCAGGAGGAGGACGACUCGGACUGGGACUCGGACGACGACGACGAGGAGGACGGCUCGAGUGGGUGGGGGUCCGAGUACUCGACCGACUCGGACAUCGCGCGCAACUCGGCGGCCAAGGCGCCCGGCGGCGGGCGCAACGGCGGCGCACAGCGCGACGGGUUCGACACGGCGACGCUGUUCGCCAAGCGGCCCGCCGACGCGCUGCAGCGCACGGCGUCGACGGCGACCAUGGGCGCGCCGGGCGAGCUCACGCGCCGGCCGCCGGGCCUCCUCUCGCAGCUCUUCCACCCCGAGGACUACAUGGAGGAGGUCAACCGCCUGCCGACGCCGACCGAGGGCGGCAUGCGGCGGCCGCACAAGAGCAUGUCGGCGCUGCCGACCAUGAGCCAGCUGCGGCCGUCCAAGUCGACGAGCGGCCUCGAGGCGCGCCCGGCCCCGCCGAGGACCAAGAGCUUCCUCAAGGGCAAGCCCGAGCACGUCGAGCUCGAGUCGAGCUCCGAGGAGGAGGACGGCGACGAGGCGGCGCCGCGGCCCGCAGCCGGCUCGGCGAGCCACUCGUCCGAGUACGAGGACGUCGACGACGACGCCGAGGCCAAGGCGGCCGCCGCCGCCGCCCUCGCUCGUCGUCAACGCGAGCUCGAGGAGGCGACGAUCGCGGCGCCGCCGCAGACGCCGCGCACGACCCGCCGCGCCAUGCUCGCCACCGAGCUCAGCGAGUCGCUGCGCCGCAACCUCUUGUGGGAGCGCCAGAUGCGCAACCGUGUCAUGGGCGGCGCAGCACCUCGGCGCCCGACCAUGCCCGGUCAGCCACUCCCGCAGCGCCCGGCGUCGUCGACCCAGCUCGCCGCUCCUCCCCCGCCACCUCCUCCCGGCCCGCUCCGCGCCGUCACCGACGACGGCGGCGUGCGCGCGCCCAACCCGUCCCCGGCGACGCGCUUCUCGCCGCCGCACGCCGCACCGAGCGGCGCCGACCCGCAGCGGCAGCAGCAGCAGCAGCAGCAGCACCACCGCUCGCGCCCGAACGGCGAGCGCCACCCGGGCACGGCCACGCUCCCUCGGCGGCACACGACGGGCACGGGCCUGUACCUCCAGGCGCAGCUCCAGGCCGGCGGCCGCUUCCCGCAUGCUGGUCGCGCUCGCGGCGACUCGGACUCGGAGCUGAGCGCGAGCAGCGACGACGACGACGACGAUGACGGGACGGCGUCGCCUGCCGAGCCGUACGCGACGUCGAUCGCCGGUCAGCGUGUGUGGUGA